GCCGAUCAGGCAGCCAAAGGAAAAAGGGAACGACGGCACAAAACAGCUGGUCACCGACGGAACCUGACGAAAAGAAGAAUGCUGCGUAUUGUUAGUACCGCGUUUCAAGGGAUUGUUACUCGUCCUAAUGUGGCUAAUUUGACAAAUGCUUUAAUUCGUAAGCAGAGUCCUCUUAUUCAAAAUGUGCAACAAAGAUACUUUGGUGCACUUUCUUCUAUUCUCAACAGAUGGAACAAUGUUGGCAACAUUGAGCAAAAAACAGUACUGAGUCAGACCCAUAAAGGAAAUGUCAUAAUUCCAAUGACCUUACCUGUUAUAACACCUGCAAGAACAGUUAUAAAGUUCUCCCUCAAAAACGGCAAAAGGAAGACUGUAAAAGCUGUAACUAAACGAUUUUAUAGAUUAAAUUGGGGUAUAUGGAUCAGACCACAUGCUGGACGUACUUCAAAAAUGUGGACAAAGAGUUUAAAUAGAAAAAGCAGGUUAAAGCGACAUGUCUUUGUUAAUGCAACACAAUCUACUUUGCUGGAUAAGAUGGUAACAAUGUACUGGAAAAGACCACGAUACUAUGUAGAUGAUCCCUACAAUCCAUAUCAUCAACGUGAAGAAUUCCCUUACACAAGAAAGAAACCACUACCUUAAGUAACUGAAUUGCAUAUGCUUGUUAUAGGCAUGUAUUGGAUAUCUGUAUUUAAAAACAUGUACCAAAGUAAAGCACAUUCUUCAUUUAUAAGAA